UUGCGGAAGAGCCGUUACCUGGUUACAGGGGAGUGAUGGAGCAUUGAGUAAUGUAAUCUUCAGGACUCCACAGAUAUGAGAGUUUCUCUCCUGCUCGCCGAGUCAAAGCCACCACGCGCUGAUCCUGCAGCAUCUCAAGAACGCGCGACCAACGGCUCGUCCAGAAAAAAACGGUUAAGUUACAGAUACCACCACGGACAGUCUCCAGUUUGUCAUACUCCCAGUUGUGAGGAGCUACUUGGCCGACAAAUACUGUUUUAAGGACAAUGGCCCCCAGCUGAAGGCAGUGACGGCAAGAGACUGAGAUGGAGCUGACCUCAGUAGACGCCUCUGCUGUGCUGGGCUUAUGGGGCAACGGCUCCAUUCCUGGUUUCCUCCUUAACGAGAGCGUUCUCAAUGACACUUGCUUCCUCAAUGCUUCAAACUGCACUAAUGGGACAAAUGCGGGCAACCGAGCAGGAACAAGCAUGGCAGGAAUCCUCAUCCCUCUCAUUUACAUCAUCGUCUGCAUCGUCGGCCUGGGAGGAAACUCACUGGUCAUCCACAUCGUCCUGCACUACUCCAAGACAGAGUCAGUGACCAACAUCUACAUCCUGAAUCUAGCUAUAGCCGAUGAGCUCUUCAUGCUGGGCCUUCCGUUCCUUGCCGUGCAGAACGCCAUGCACUCCUGGCCCUUCGGCUCAUUCACGUGCAGGUUGGUCAUGACCGUCGACGGCAUUAACCAGUUCACCAGCAUUUUCUGCCUCACCGUGAUGAGCAUCGAUCGCUACCUGGCCGUGGUUCAUCCUAUUCGUUCUUCAAAAUGGAGGCGACCGCAAGUGGCCAAAGCGGUGAAUGGAACAAUCUGGGCAGUGUCAUUUUUGGUCGUCUUGCCUGUGGUGAUAUUCGCAAACGUGCAACGGGAAGGAGGCAUCUGCAACAUCAUAUGGCCGGAGCCAGCCAACAUCUGGGGAGCAGCAUUUAUCAUCUACACCUCCACAGUUGGCUUUUUCUUUCCCUUGCUAGUCAUCUGCAUGUGCUAUCUCCUAAUUGUAAUCAAAAUUCGCAGCUCGGGAAAGAAGGUUCACGCCACUUCAACCAAACGCCGCAAGUCGGAGCGCAAGGUCACCCGAAUGGUGGUGAUAGUAGUGGCUGUGUUCGUUUUCUGCUGGAUGCCGUUUUACGCCCUCAACAUCAUAAACCUGGUGGAAUCGCUGCGGGAUGAGCCCCAAGGUCUGCAUCUUUUUGUGGUGGUGUUGUCUUACGCUAACAGCUGCGCUAACCCUAUUGUUUACGGCUUCCUUUCGGACAACUUCAAGCGGGGAUUUCGAAAGGCUCUGUGCCGCUCAUCUCGAAGGGUCGAGAACCACGAGCCCACCGAGCAGCAGCAUCAGGAGGAACGACGAAGAGUGCUGAUGCCCAGGGAAAGCCUUAGAAGAGCUGUGCGAGAUGAAGAGGAUGAGGAAGAAGAGGAGUACAGGGAGGAAGUGACGGAGAUGACGGAAAUCUGCAGGAUUACUCAGAACGGAAACGGAAGCGGACAACCCGAAAGUACCCGAGCGCUUUUCUUAGAGAGACCCUCCGGGGCUUCUGAGACAUGCUCCCCAGACAGGAGAGGCAUGGGUGGGGACAUCGUUGGUAAGGGACCAGGCUUUGGACCUGCCGCAACCCUGCUGAACGGGGCUAAAAAUGGGAAUGUGAAAACACUGCCAGAGGAACCGGUGGAAAAGAACACCUCACUGGAGAUCAGCUACUUGUAAACUUGCGAUCAGCUGGAAAAAAAAACAGUAUUAUUGUACAUGCCUCUCUGAGCUACACUGCCUCUCCUGAAGUCUAUCAACUUGUUUUCAUGUCUAUGAAAUUUCCUCCUACGCUCUUGGAAAAAAUGGUACAGUUCUGUCACUGGGGUGGUACCCUAAUGUACAGAAGUGAAAAGGUACGAAUAUGUACUUAAUAAAAUGUACCUUUAAGGUACUAAAAUGUACUGUGUAGGGGUAGGUAAGGUACAAACAUGUACCUUUUAACUUUUGUACUGUAGAGUACCGCCCCAGCGACAGAAAUGUACCUUGUUGUCUGAAAGUGUAGUUAUUAGACUUUAUAGUAUGGAAGUGUACAAUCUGAAAACACAAUUUGAAAAGUCACAAUGAGUUUGCCUUAUUUAUAGGACUUGGCAAAUCAAAACAAGAAUCAUCAGCAGCUUUCCAUGGUAUCAGUACCUAUAUGAGACCAGCACCACUAUAUGUGAAGCAUCUGUGUGCCUUUUUCUGAAUUUGUUUAGGAUGUUUAAUCAAUGCAAUGAAUCCAUGGCUAUGACUGGGCACUAGAUCACCAAGUACAUUUACAUGCACUUGUGCCGUUGUUACUGUGCAUGUGAAUAUACUUUAUGAGAUUGUAGCAUACUACUAUGUGGUAAAAAAUGGAGAUUUUGUACAUGUAAAGGUAAAUAAUUACACACUACACAAAUUCCUACAUCAGCUUGUAGUUUUCUGUAAGUGUAUUUUGUAUGUGCUCUUUGCCUUACUUGUAAAAGUAUUGUACACUAAUUGAAAUCUGUUGCAAACAGGUCUUUAAACUCUACAUGUGCUUUGUUAUAUUAUACAUUUUUGUGCUGCCUAUCAGUUGUUUUCUUGUUUAUUGGCACUUUUAAAAUAUUUUACAAAUAUUCAACAUGAUACAAUUCUCACUUUUAAAACUGAAUGUUCAUUAUCCAGAUCUAUUCAAAAAAAUAAUGUAUAUUAUAUUACUGUUAAUGCACAACUGUUUGAAUGACUGUCCUAAAGAAUUCAUGUUUUGCAUUGCUUUAUGAAUCAGGUUGUGCAGGGACUAACACCCAGAUUUAACCAAUGAUAAAUUCUGUCCCAACUACUCCUUUACCCAUCUCACCCAAAAAGCCAAACAUACACACUCAGGUAUUGAGCUUACAGGGAUGGAUUACCUAAAAUUGACUUGUCAUUAUUUACUCACUCUUAUAUUGUUUAAAAAAAUGCAUGUCUUUCUCUUUUCUGAGAAACACAAAAGAAGAAUUUUUGAAGAAUCUUCAUGUAGCUUUUCCAUACAGUGACAAUUUAUAGUAAAAGUGUGUACAAGGCCAAAAAACAACAUAACAACACCAUAUGACUAUGGAACAGACCAAAAUUUGUAAGGGACAGACAAAAAUUUAGGUCAUUAUUGACUGAUAAAUGCUCUUUACACAGUUAUCGUAUGAGUUUCUUUUGACUUAGAAUAUAAAGGAUGUCAUAUAGACUACUUGAGACUACAUUAUUCAAACUUGAAUGACACUAUUAAAGGAAUAUUUCACCUAGAAAUGAAAAUCUGCCAUUAAUUACUCACCCCCAUGUUGUUCCAAACCUGUAAUACCUUCGUUCAUCUUUAUAAAACAUUUUUUUUUAAAUCUGAGAGCUUUCUGGCACUGCAUAGACAGCAACACAACUGACACGUUCAAGGACAUUGUUAAAAUAGUCCAUGUGACAUCAGUGGUUCAACCGUAAUUUUAUGAAGCUAUGAGAAUACUUUUUGUGUGCAAAGAAAACGAAAAUAAUGACUUUAUUCAACAGUUUCUUCUCUUCCAUCACGUGUCAGUCUUCGGCGCGCAUUCACAAGAGUAUCACGACACGUGUGUGUGGUGCUGCUGAAGCAGAACCCGGCAUUAUUUUUGUUUUCUUUGCUACAUAAAAAGUAUUCUUGUAGCUUCAUAAAAAUAACGAUUGAAUGACUGAUGUCACAUUGACUAUUUUAACAAUGUCUUUACUACCUUUCUAGUCCUUGAACAUGUCAGUUGUGUUGCUGUCUACGCAGGGUCAGAAAGCUUUGGAUUUCAUCAAAAAUAUCUUAAUUUGUGUUCCAAAGAUGAAUGAAGGUCUUAUGGGUUCGGAACGACAUGAGGGUGAGUAAUUAAUGACAGAAUUUUCAUUUUAACUCUUUAACUACCAUUGCAUGGAAAAAAGCCAUGUGGUGAUUCAUCUAAAAAUCUCCUGUUGUGUUCUAAUGAAAUAUAUAACAGCACGUGAGUUUGGAAUGACAUGAGGGAAAAUAAAUAAUGGGGAAAAAAAGAGUUUAUUGAGCAAAAUUAAAAAAAAAAAAUCAUGGCCUUUGAGCCUGACCUUAGGACCAGGUGUGGUUUUAUCCUGGGUUUAUCUGACACCAGCUAAAGAGGUUUAAGUGCCUCUAAUUAUACCGUCAUUUAUGCUCUAAUUCCAGAGACAGACAGCAUAAGCUACACAUACAUUAAAAUUCCACAGCAUCUCUUCCCAGCACCGUAAUAUGCUUAUGUGACAUUCAGAUACCCUUUCCUUAGUGUUAUAAAUAAAUGUUAACUAUUGAGAUCAUAGCAAGCACUAACGUAUCAGCUACACUCCCCACCGCCCUACGCCACCUCCUCCUACACACGGGCUCACACUCAAAUGGUUUUGGAGGCGUAUAGAAAGCCAUUGCAGGCACAUUAUGAAGAGAGAGAGAGAGAGAGAGCUACCACCAUUUCCAUAAUGACUCUGUGGAUUUCACAGCUUUCGUUCAGAACUGAUUGUUUAAAUAUUUAAAAAAGAAUGUGUAAAAAGCUGUGCGAAAAUGUUAUUUUGCCGUUCGCUAGGGUUAUUUUUAAUUGUUGUGCUAUAGCUAUGUGACAUUUAUUGCACACUGUGUUUACUAUCGACCCGCUCAGAGAAGCUGCCGUUUGUUGCUGUGGGCAGAAAGGCGCCCAUCCUGUGACCUUAUGAUUGGACAGCUCUCCAUAUCUAAAUGAAUCUCUGUGAUUCACUGGACGCUUGACACCCACCGGGGCCCACCCACACACGGUAUGGAUGCACAAAGAGGCAAAUAGUGCUGAAGGAUGCUUGUGAACGCUGUGAUAUUAUUCAUUUCUUGGCGCAGACUUAUAUAGGCCUCUUGUGCAAAGAAAGCCAUUUGCUCAAGGAUAAAAAUACAUAGCUGCCCAUGUGUCCUUAGUCAGUACUUUAGCAUUUUUAUAAAUGCAAAGGAAGUUUUUUCCUCUAACACCAAAUGUAUAUAAAUCUUCAGUUAGUUUCAGCUCUUUAAAUUGUGUCAAACAUUCCUAAGCUGAAGGGUUAUUUAUUUUAAAUUGUGUAAAUAUUUGAACCAUGUAAGUACGUGAAAGCAGCUGUAGCUUGCUACAAAAGCACAAGUAAACACUGCAUUGUCAGUGUUGCCACAAGAGGUGCUAUCGCAGAAAUUAUGGUGCAUUCAAGUCCUCAUGGGAAGUUUGUAUUUAUCAAUUGAUUUAUCAAGUCAUAAUUGAAGGGAUAGUUCACCCAAAAUUAAAAAUUCUGUCAUUAAUUACUCACCCUCAUGUCGUUCCAAACCUGUAAGACCUUUGUCAUCUUUGGAACACAAAUUAAGAUAUUUUUCAUAAAAUCCAAGAGCUUUCUGACCCUGCAUAGACAGCAACACAACUGACAUGUUCAAGGCCCAGAAAGGUAGUAAGAACAUUGUUAAUAUAGUCCAUGUGAAACAUGUCAGUUUUCAAUGUACCAUGACGAAUGUGUGCUGCUUGUAAACAAGAUGCAGCGCAUCUGGGUUCUAUGUCAGCAGCACUCUUGUGAACAUGCAUCGAAAAAUGACAUGGCAGAGAAGAAAUUGGUGAAUAAAGUUAUUUUUAGUUUCUUUGCGCACAAAAAGUAUUCUUGUAGCUUCAUAAUAUAACCACUGAUGUCAUGUGGACUAUUUUAACAAUGUCCUUACUACCUUUCUGGGCUUUGAACAUGGUAGUGCAGGGUCAGGAAGCUCUUGUAUUUCAUCAAAAAUAUCUUAAUUUGUGUUCUGAAGAUGAAUGAAGGUCUUAUGGGUUUGGAGUGACAUGAGGUUGAGUAAUUAAUGACAGAAUUUUCAUUUUUGGGUGAACUUUCCCUUCAAGGCAUCACAUGGACUAAAACACUUUGGUUGGAGCAAGAUAAAAAUUUAACAAGAUUUUUUAACUCUGCAUCUACAAAAUGAUCAAUAGCCUGGUUGGCUGGUCUUAGCUGGUCUCCCUGCCUGACCAGCUAAAGAAGUGGUCAAAACUCCUUUAAAACCAGCCUGCAAACCAGCUAUGACCUGGCUGGAAGACCAGCUAAAACCAGCCAUCCAAGAAUUUGCUAGUAAAUGCUGUGAAUUUGUAUGACUAGCUUGAGCCUUUUGCAAAAUCUGCGCAAAAUAUUUUGCGUGGAUUCCUAUUGAAAUGAGUGGAUUUUGUUCCUGAAAAUUCAACAGACAACAAUAAAUGUGACUGCAACCUUACUGUCUGACCAACAGACGAGUGUGUGUUGGCGAAGUGCUUUUGUCUGCAUUCACGUAAUUGCAUACUAGCUAAAAUGUUGUUUUAAAAGUUUUGCUAAUGCUGAAGGGUGCAUUUUGUGUUAGAUUAAAAGAGUCCUUUCAUAUAAAAAAAUCACUGUGUGUGUUGUCGGAUAUUUACCAAACUCUAGAUUUAUAAAUAAAUAAACAUUUUGUCUCUGUGAA